UGAGUGGCACUGCAAUCGGAGUUGGAGUUCCAGAGACUUGUACUAACUAGUAGUUGUAUUUCAAAAUUUCAGUUCGCGAGUUAAAACAAAGUUGGUCGCUGCGUCAACAGCACGCUCAACACUUUCGUCAACACUUUUGUGAACACUUCGGUCAACACUUUCUGGUCAGCUUUUUGUGGCAGCAACAUCGUCAUCGACAUGGACACCUAUUUGACGGAGAUCAAACAAUUGCGCAUACCACGCCCCAAAUUCGAACCUAAUAGCUGUGCCCAGGCCCAUCAGCAUGCGCCGAGUCCCCACCAUCACCACCACCAGCACCACAACCACCACCACCACCACCAUCAGUGGCGACAGUUUGUGCGUCCCUUCACCCCGCCACGCGAUUACCAUUUGCCCGGCGGUGCCAACGACCCUCUCCGCUGGUCAGCGGCCGUAGGAGCCGCAGAUGAGACGACAGCACAUGAUAAUAUGUGAGCCGAAAUCGUUGCCUUUGUCUCCUGUGCCGGAUAGUCGGAUUGUCCUCAGCUCCCCCUCAAGAUAUUUGAGUUGGCAUUACAGAGCGGCAUUGUUUGCACACAUAUUGGCUAUAUACAACACACACUCGUAUGUGCAUACAUAAAACAGCUACUUCUUAAAGCUCUAUUACAUAAUUUAGUAGGUACUUAAGCUUAGUUUAUAUAUAUAUAUAUACAACAAAAAAAAUAAUAAUAACAAGAACAACAA